UUUCUCGGGAUCUCCCCCUGAACGCUGCUGCUGCUGCUGCUGCUGCUGCUCUAAGUGCCUUCUCUCCAGGGCCACACGCUUCCAUAUCUGGACCUGGAUUUUUACAGACACCGAAGACGGGACGGCAACGGCAAGACUCAACCCAACUAUCAACUAUCAAGUUAAAUCUGGAAGCUGUCCGGUGGGCGUCAGGAUUACUGAUUACUGUGAGAGAAAUUUGCGACAAAAAGUGGCUGAUUGGAUGCUUUAAAACAAAGCUAGUUUGAUUACUUGGAAAGCAUUGUUGUAGUUUCAUUUAGCCCAAAAUUCAGUUUUUGUUUUUUUUUUGUUUUGCAAGACUGAGAUGUCGCCUAGACUAGAAAGUCAUAUUGUGCUCAGCCUGCAGGUGAAGUAUCUACAGAGUGUUUUUGUUGCAGAGCUGAGGUUUUAGAAAUCGCUCAUACGGUUCAAGAACAUAAUGGGGUAAUUUAUUUAUCACUGCUAAUUUGGUUUUGCCGUUUUAUGGCAUGGAAGAUGAGAACACUUGGGUAUUUCAUGUUCUGUUCUUGGAUGUUCUGUUCGAUAAGUCAGCCAUGUUCACUCAGACUUUCUCCCAGCUAAUGGGAGCAAAAUCAUGAAAAUGGACACCGAGGCCGUACCACAGUCUCUCCUUUUCCUGAACGACAUUUUUUAUCCAAAGCCAAUAUGUGAUUUAUUAGCGUAAACUAUGACGAGAGGACCGUAAGAAGCAGUUCGCAGCAGAAACUUGUUCCUUUGCCAGUCUGUGCUCCCGAGAGCACGUGCUGGAGGAAAGUCUGGAAAGUGACUCUAAACGUUUCUCUAAUGCACUGUGAUUAAUGUCUCAUGACACGGUCCCUGUUUUCCCUUAUGGGUCUGGAGACGAAGGGUUUCCAUAUAUGUCAGCUUCCACAUAUUUUCCACUUCACCAUCAGUGUUGACAUUAGAGCAGCCUUCGUCCAGCUCGCUGGCCUGGAUCGCAUGCUGCAUCCUGGGCCUGGAGACAAACUCAUGCACUCACCCUCCGACCAACACUGAUUCCUGCCUCUGGGCCAACAUCUGUUGAAAACAACUCUCAUUGUUGACUCGUACGCCCGGGAGUGACUCGGCCAAGCCCUGAGGCUUCCUCCUCUCAGUUCAGCCCUGGGGACCUGGCCGUUGUGUGCAGGCUUGGCUCGUAGUGGGCUCCACCUGUCCUGAAGCCAUGGGGAUCCAGGGCAUGGAGCUGUUCGCCAUCGGCGUGGUCAUCAUCCUUUUCAUGGCGGUUCUCAAGCAGUUUGGCAUCCUGGAGCCGAUGUCGUCGUUUGAAGAUGACAGCAGCGACAGCGACUUGGAGCUGUCGACGGUGCGUCACCAGCCGGAGGGGCUGGACCAGCUGCAGGCUCAGACCAAGUUCACCAGGAAGGAGCUUCAGUCUCUGUAUCGAGGAUUCAAGAACGAGUGUCCCAGUGGGCUGGUUGAUGAGGAGACAUUCAAGUCAAUCUAUUCUCAGUUCUUUCCCCAAGGAGACGCGACCACAUACGCCCACUUCCUGUUCAACGCCUUCGACAGUGACAGAAACGGUUCGAUCCGCUUCGAGGACUUCGUCAUCGGCCUCUCCGUGCUGCUCAGAGGUUCGGUCACGGAGAAGCUCAACUGGGCCUUUAACCUCUACGACAUUAACAAGGACGGCUACAUCACCAAAGAGGAGAUGCUGGCGAUCAUGAAGUCGAUCUAUGACAUGAUGGGCAGGUACACCUACCCCUGCGUGAGGGAUGACGCACCCUCUGAACACGUCGACAAGUUCUUCCAGAAAAUGGACAGAAACCGAGAUGGUGUCGUGACUAUUGAAGAGUUUAUUGAGACCUGUCAGAAGGAUGAAAACAUCAUGAACUCUAUGCAGCUGUUUGAAAAUGUGAUCUAAGGAUUCAGGUUGCUCUCAGUUUGUUUUCCCUUCACUGGCACAACUCAUAUACAAACGCAGCACAAUCACAGUCAUGCAACUCGCACCCAAACCUCCGGCUCCGCACUGACGUCCUGGUACCCGACGAUCGGGUCGGUACUGUACAAAUACAAGAACCAGACGCUGUUUUUCUAUCUCCCUUCCUCGCUCGUUCAGCUGUAUCGUAUCAAACCUGCUCCUGGAUUAAAAGGACUGUUAGAAGGAGAAGAGCUUCCUGGGUAAUUUUCUUCUGUCCUCGGUGACGCUUAUCGUCACGGUGAAAGGAUCGUCAACCAACGAGGAAUGAAGAAGCUUAUAAAUAAUCCGCUGACCUGAGCCCACAUGGAUACUAGCUUUAACACUAACAUACUGUGUACGCACUCACACUCACAGAGCCGCCGUCUCCUCCAGAAUUUUUAGAGCACCGGGAUGAACUAAAGCAUGUUUGUCAUGAAACGUGAUGUGUCAUUAGCUUGCACUAUGACUAUGUAUAAUAUGCGCCUGAAACAAAAGGGCAACUGUAGAUACCUGCACCUGACACACCGCUGAUGGAAACCAGUGCGUGUGUUGUUGUGUAUAUAUGUAUAGUUAAUAGUUAUAUAUCCUGCAUUGUGUUGCUCUCGUUUGCACUGGGCGAUGGAAUAAACUGACCAGAACUGAGCAUUUGUUUAAGAGACCUCUGUGUUGAUCAGAUUAGCAUCUUGUUUAGUAGCAGAAUUUCAGUGGUUUAUUCAAAUAUCAUGUUUUUGUAUUUUCAGAGAUUCUUUUUAGCUGUUCAGAGUUUAAAGGCAAGUCUGUGCAGUAUGGUGAAGGGACGACGGGACUGUUCGAAGUGCGUCCUCGUGCUGAAUUACGGCUUAAUCUUGUUUCUUCAGUAUCUGCGAGCAUGCUGACGUUUAAGUGCCACAGUAUAAUGUACAGUACAGUAGGACCUUUGUGAUGUCAGUUCAUUAAAGAUGCUGUCGACAGCUGA